UUCGCUAAAAUCUGGAACCUCAACUUCUAAAAUGCCUAUUAAUAUUCACCCUCCGCUUAUGCCUGUAUCCUUGGAAAACGAUUGGACAGCACAACUCAAAGAACCCCCUGCUGCUGAAAAGGAAGUUAGAAAACAUGAGGCAUCAUUGGGACCUGACGGUCAUUUGUUCACAUCAAUCGGUGCUGCUCGACUUGUAGCUUCUGGUGUUGUUAAAGAGGAUGAGUUACGGAAUAUUCUAGAACCGAGUGGGAUGAGUGCGUCCUGUUUUCAAAAUGAAAUUGCUGCCGUUACGAAUUUGUUCUUCAGUGAAGAUAGGGAAAAAUUUUACAAAUUCAAGGAGAUCAGCCAAAAACCUGCCGAUAUUUUGUCAUUUUGCUCAUUUUUGCUCAUUUUGGCCAACAUUUUCAACGGCUUGGAGAAACACCUGGAAAUAUGUUUUCAAUUUAAAAAGCUGAAUAAAGAAACAGUUGAAGAGUUAAAAAUGAAAAUCAAAGAAUUUAUGGCCGAAAGAAACAUAAAUUUUGAUGUGAGAUUUAUGGCCGAAAGAAACAUAAAUUUUGAUGUGAGCACGACUACAGAAAAAUUAUUAUCAAACUCAGCUAUAACAGCAAACGACCAAGAACAAACCAGAAUAAAACAAAUUCUGGGCAAACUGAUUGAUGCUUGUAGAGAAGAUGGCUGCGCCCUGAAGAUGCACAAUAAAUCCGUAAAACUUGAUAAGACUCAUGCAGCCGCGCCUCUUAUUGACAAGAUGGGCGAGCUAAUUGAAAGCUUUGAAAAACUUCGAAAGCCAGAAACACUCAAUUUGAUACCAAACAAGGAACAGCUAUUGCGGGAAAUCGCUACUCGUGAAGCUUGUCCAGAGGGUACAUUGAGCCCUGAAAGUCGUCGAAAAAUUCGAGGAGAGAUUGAGUACUUUUUCAACGAAGUUAUUGACUUACUGGCAUGCAAAGGCCUUGAAAGUUGUACUUCCGUCUACUCGGCAAGUGUGACAAUGCUGAAGCCCUUUGUGUCAAUAUCAAAAGGGAAGCGCUACGAGAUCGACUGGACCUUGUUCACGAAGAGCGGAGUGUUUUUCAUUGAAGUUAGUCAUGCAAACCAACAAUACAGUGUGAAAGAAAGAACUGAGCUGCGGAAACUGAAGCAGGUGUUCAACACAAUUGUACCAUUCGCUCUGCAGCUCAUUCAUUGUCUGAUGACUCAACAUUUUAUGAAUAUCGAAGAAUCUAGCAGGCCAAGGUUUAUUAAAGAUUUUCGAGACAAUUAUUUGAAAGUUUUAGUAUUUGUCAAAGAUAUCAGUCAGAAACAGUGGCGUGAGUUUAUUUGGGAUGAAUCACCAGGCACGUACAUUGGACAUGAAGCUAUUGAGAAAAUGCCAUUCGACACACAGGGAAAGUAUGUUAUACCCUUCGUACACAUAGUUGCCCUUGAUAACCCUGGAACUGAUUUCCUUGCGGCCAAAGUGAACCGGAUUGAAGUAACCCGCAGUGGAAACCAUUUUUACGGCCAAAUGCAUGAGCCACCUAUGACGUUAAAAAAAUUUUUGGUCACUCAAUCGCAGACCACGGCCGAUGCAAAUAACCAAGAGAGGAUGCUAAUCAAAUCGAUGGAAGUCAUAUUCUCUCUAGCUGCACGUGAAUACUAUGAAAGUAGCCUUAGCAAACAGCAACAGGAAAUAGUGAAAGAUGUCUCGAACCCACUCAAGUUCAUUCUGGGGGAACCAGGCACUGGCAAGUCGCAUGUUUGCAUGGCCCUGGCUAAGAAAUACACAGAAGAACUCAUGUACGAUAAGAUUUUCUACCUAAUUCCCAGAGACAAAGAAGCCUUCAAAAAAUUCGUGCAACAAUCAUUUCGGGAGCAGUUCGAAAUUGAUUUGGAGUUGGAAAAUCCUCCCGUUACGCAGAAAAUUGUGAUAGCUGAUUGUGACAAGUCUACUCUGCAAAAUUACUUGAAGCAGGAAGACAAACAAUACUUCUUGGGCCGCAAAAUCGGCCUGAUUGUUGACGAGUGUUUGGUGUCAUCGCUGCAGGAAACGCUCAAAAUAGGAGACGGACUGGUGGGUUUGUUUCCAUACUUCGAUUUGGUGUGCAUGAACGUAUCGAUCGCAGGUCAAAUGGAGUGCAGACAUGGGUUUUAUGGCAUCAUGUGCCCAGCUGGCUUCCGCAGAUAUGUGCUCAACGUGGGAUACAGAAGCAGCAGCAGUAUUUUGCACUUCAACUCAAAGAUGCUGCACAGAAUAACAAGGAAACACAUAUGCGGAACGAGUAUUUGUUCCAUCUCGCCGCGAGUUCCGAACGAGGACAAUAUUAAAGUGGAAUUUCGAACCGAUCACCAGGAAAGAAAAACGGUUGUGAAAAGUUGGUUUCAAAUACAAAAUGAGUCAGAUUCGACUGCUAUCAUUGUAUUUUGCACGAAAAACGGCUUGGUGAGUUCUACUCCAACGCGGCAAAAUCACAGCAUCCUUGAAACAAUCGAAUUUGAUACGAAACAAAUUUUCACCAACGAACCGCUUGAUGAUUAUCGAAAUCUUUUGUUUUCGGGGUGUGAAUUUGACCAUGUUUUGAUCAUUUUUGAAUGCGAUACUAGCAUACAUGACGAUCAAAAAGAUAUUUCGGAUAGUAUUUCAACUCAGGGACAAACUUUUGGACAAAAUCUUCUGAUUGCUACAACACGUGCCAGGAAGACACUUACCAUUUUGGUGGCCAAUGAAGAGCAGAAGCGGCAACUCGACAUAAUCAGGGAAGACGAUCAACAACUGCUUGUUGCCCAGGUGAUUGGCAACGAAGAAAAAGAGAAAGCAAUUCUGAAGGAAAAGCUCAAGGGAAAAAAUUAUGAAACUUUGAAAGAUGUGCUUCGCAUUGCUACGCAUCGAGAAGAUAUCGAAACAUUCAAAAAAGUCGUCGGCAUUAUUUGGCGCCAACGUGGAACAAAUCAGAGAAAGGACACUGCUAAUGCUUUUAUCGACGCGGUAGUUCCAGGAUGCAUUGGUCGGCAGAAAAGCAAGCAGUUUCUAGAAGAACUUGGAAAACUUAUUGCAGAUUAUAAUUUUCGCGGAACGAUAAACAGUUGCCCUCACGAGGAGGCAAAGGAAAAAUUGAAACGUUGGUUCGUUUCUGCCUACUACCGAGCACGAGUUGAGACAAUGGAUUGGCGCAUGGAACUCGGUCCUACGAAUUUGUCAGCAGAAGAGAAGGUGUCUCUGUUUAAAGAAAUACUGGUUGCAGCUUUGAAGGAAGGGUCUGAACUAGUGGUCAAGCAUGCUUUCGAGAAGGGUUCGGAGUUCUGUGGCGUUAAGGAAACGGAGAUUGGCAAAAUCAUUGACGGACUUCAAAUUGAAAUUGAUUACGUCCUGUACCAUUCUCCUUUGUCGGUUAUAACUCGAACCAACAAAGACGUUGAUUUAGUUGAAUACUUGCUGCGUAAAAUACAUCAAUUUGAAAAAAACGAAAGCAAAAUUGUGGAAAUUAUAAAAGAAGCGAUGAAAUGGUCGGUUCAAUAUCGAAGUUUCCGGAUGCUCCGAGUACUCAUUGCAGGAGAAGAGCAACACUUUGCUAUUUUGGGAGAAAUUUUGCAGGAAGCGAGCGCCGAAUGUGUUCGGAAAUUCAUAGAAACCGUCAACAGAAUUGCUGAAUCGGCAGAGAAUGCCAACUCGAGCGACGACAACAAAGAAUUGCUCAAAUUCAUCAUAGAAAUGAAAAAUAAGGUGACCUCGAAAAUUGAGAAUCGUGGAUUAUGAGACUUUUAA